GUUUCCUCCACUUCAUGACCCUGCCUUCGCCUUACAGGCCCUGCAAAGCUCUCCUUCAUGAUCUAGAAGCUGCAGCACCCUCCGUUGUACCCACUCUUUGAACUAUCGCGUACUAGCGCCUACGAGCGAUGUGAACAUGGCAUCUACAAGCCCUAGCGACACUACGUCCCCGGCAAGCAGUUCGCGCACGGCCCAGGAACAUGAGAAUUUAGAGAGGAAGAGAGCUAGGGACCGGAAGAGCCAGAAGGCGAUGAGGGAGAGGACGAAGUGGAGCAUCCAGUGUCUGACGCAGCAGGUCGAGCACUUGACGCGAGCACUUGAAACCGAGGCCCGCGAGAAGAGCGAGCUGUACAACCGCUUCCUCGCCGUAUCAGAGGAGAACGACCACCUACGCGUCCAGAAAGCUGCGCUCCAGCUGCGACUGCUCGGUAACGGGCAAGAGCCGCCGGAUGGCUCCCCGCCGUCUACGCCCAUCGCGCCGUACGAAGCGAUCCCUCUGAACACCAGUCCCACCUGCAUGUCGGACCAAAUCCUCCAAACCUUCGUUGCGAGCCGGUGGGAGGCAUACGCUUUUCAGACCGCGGGCAGAAUAGAAAGCUAUCCGGAUAAGCCGGACCUGAGCGCCUUGUUCGACGGCCGGCCGAAUCGAAGCGUAGACGAGACGAGUGCGGUGGUCGGGGAUAUCGUGAGGAGCUAUAAGGAGAUUGAUACCCUGCCCAAGCAGGUGGCUGUGCAUUACAUCAUGUCCACCUUGAUGAAGUGGCAGGUCCUCAGGACGGAGGCGAGCUUCGCGCAGAUGCCGGAGUGGCUGAGGCCGGAGCCGGUGCAGUUGGAGAGGCCGCACGCUUCGUGGAUUGAUCGGAUUCCAUGGUAUGCCCGCCUUCCAUGUUCGAAUUCAGCGCGCACAGAGGCGCUGAUGAUCAUACGUCUAGGCCGAAGAUCCGCAUCUAUCUGAUCGGCCACCCUGAAGUCAAAUUCGACGACUUCGCCUCCGCAUACUCCACCUCGUUCGACAUCAAAUGGGACUACG